AUGAGAUCCGGGAAGAUUUUUCAUCAUUUUGAUCAGUGGGGAAUUAUCAUCCGGAAAGAUAUGCUUAAACAACUCGCACUUUUUAUUGCACUUUUCGGUGCAGUGACCGCGUGGAAUCGACAAAAUCAUUUCGGAAAUCCAUGCUACCUUUGCUCCUGUUUCACUGUUUACACCGAUCGUGACGUGGCAGUGCCAUUGAGACCGUACGCUAUGGCAAUUGAUGGAUAUGAUACUACAGAGGAUAGAUGUCUGGCCACGUGCCAAAGAGAUCAGAGGUGCCGGGCAGCUGUUUAUGGAAUGGUCGGUGGCAGAAGUGUAUUCACCUGUGAAUUCUACGAAAAAUUCAACACAAAAAGUGUGCCUGUCUACACAACAUACGUGAAUAUGUACAUGAAACGUUCGAGUGAAUGCAAACUGCCAAUCGCACAUCUCUCAUCGAUCGAGAUGAUCCCAGCUGACAAUUCUUCUCUGAAACGCCGCGCAAAGCUGGAAAAACUGAUUGGAAGAAAGAAUCCGUUCCUCGGAUAAACUUGGAGGUAGUGAAUUCGAAUUGAGAAUCUUCAGAGAAGCUAUUGAUCUCUUAUUGGUCUCUGUCACGACACUUUUAAUAAUGUUUGUUUAAAUCUAAUAAAUCUUCUAGAUU